AAUUUGAAUAAUUUGAAGCCUCUUAGGUGGAAUAUACUGGCAGAAGGCGACUAUCCUUUAAACGGCAUGAGAGUUUCAUCGAUUUUGCAAGCCUUUAUAUUAUGCUGCAGUUCUUCUGUUUUAAAGGUGGCAACUACAGCAACUUCGAAAUGUGUCGAAUGGCUUGGCGGAGUAGGCUUCACAAAAGCGUAUCCUGUAGAGAAAUUCUAUCGAGACGCAAAGAUUGGUGCCAUCUAUGAAGGAACAUCAAACAUACAACUGAAUACAAUUGCGAAACUAAUCGAUGCCGAGUACAAGAAUUUCACAUAG